UUAAAUAGUAAAUAUAUUGACAAUUCUGUAGAAUGUGUAAAGAAUUUUGGUGAUGAUUCCUCUGUGCAUCAAAGGACCUCAGGAAAUACAAGUUCUAGUACUAAAUUCGAAAUGCUUGAUAAAACUAUAAGCAGUACUUUAAAGAGAAAUCCGAAGAUGGAACUGAAUAAAACUGAUUUGUUAAAGUUAUUAAGUUACUUGGAAGGUGAAUUACAAGCUCGAGAUGUUGUUAUUGCUGCACUAAAGUCAGAAAAAGUAAAACAAGUUCUUCAACAAGCACGCUAUAGACCAUUGGCACUCAAUGAUCCUUAUUCAGCAUUAUUUCGUGACAGUGUUACUGUUUGUGUAGGAAAUUCAAAAUAUUCUCAUACAGUAGAAUCAGAUCAUAGGCCUGUUGUUGAUCAACAAAUGGAGUCUUUAGAAAAUCUGGUUUUGCAACAAAGACAAACUCAAUUGCGAAUGGCAGCUAUAUUGAAAGAUGCCGAAGAAAAACACAAAAAGAUAAUUCAAGAACUUGAGGACGAAAAGAGAAAACAUGAGCAUGAUACUGCACAGGGAGAUGACAUAACUUAUGGUCUGGAAAUGGAAAGAACUCGUUUAAAACAAGAAUUAGAAUCUGAAAAGCAAGCACAUAAAAAGCUGGAAAAAGAUUUAAAAAAGCAGCAUGACGUUUUUGAAGAAGAACGUGGUAGACAUAAGCAAAUUGUAUUAUUGCUACUUGCUGAAAGAAAAAAAAUUAUUAUGAAAUAUAUAGAAGAAAGAAAACGGUCAGAAGAUUUAGCACAGAUUCUUUCUGAAGAAAAAUUGAAAAUAGACUCAAUGGCAGAAGGCCUUGAAGAAGAAAGUAAAAAAUCUUUAAGUAUGGAAGCAGAUUUAGAAAAACAACAGCAUUUAUUUGAAACAGAGAAAAAGGCCUUACAAGUACAAUUAUUGAAAGAAGAAAAAAGGGCUCGUGACAUUGAGUUAGAGCUAGCACAAGUUAAAGCAGAAAAUGAAAGUUUGCGCAAAGCAUUAGAAUCUGGUGUUAAUAAUACAGGUAAUAGAUCAAUUCCUAUGCGGAUUCAUCAAAAUAGUGUCCCUUAUUCAGUUCCACAGUUACCUUCUAAACUUGGUAGAGCCAUGAGUGUUUCAGGUGUGACUUCCACUAGUGAAACAGAUUGUAUUGAGGAUCCCUCUGCUACAGGUAGUAGUGUUGCAAAAGUAGUCCAGCCGACUGCUACAGUUUCUAGUGUUCCUGUUUGUGGUCCCACAACCGGAAUAGCACGUUCAAUUUCCCCAGGCCAAGGCCUACGUUUAAAUUCAACUCUAGCUUCACCAGGUACUUCUAGUGAUAGUCAUCUCAAUGCUGCUAAGGCUAGUGGCAUUAGUAUUCGAAAACCUCCGAAUGCAUCCCCUACAGCUUUGCCUUCAAAAUCACCCGUAUUAGCGCAGCCUUUGGCCAAAAAGGGUGUAACAGCAGCACGAGGUAUUCCGCCUCCAAUUCCGCCCAACAAGCCUGUCGUACCCCCGAAACGGGACACAGUGACUAGACUGUUCGAAAAUUCCGACGAUCCUAAAAAAUCUAAAGAUAAACGACCUCGUGCCGAACCAGCAUCAGAUGAUUUGACAGAUAUUCAGCACAUGCUGGUCACUAUGACAAACAAAACUUAAAUGCAUAAAUAAUUCAUGUCAGCUUUCACUUCGUAUCAUGUUGAUACCAUCUGUUGCAUUACUUAUCUGAUUUCGUUGCCAUUUUAAAAAAAUGACGUGAAAAUUAGUUUUGUAUUAUGCUUCAUAGUAUUCUUGGAGCUCUGUAUAAAAUGUCAUAUUGAAAUUAUACAGAGCAUAUAUAUAAAUGUGAUUAUGUAGGAUGUGGUAUACGUAGCAACAUUUUCAGAGUGAUAAUAACUCUGAGCCAUAUUUCGGUCAAGCGAAAAUAAAAACAUGCUAUGAAAUUAUUCAAGAAGGAAAAUUUGAAAGAGUGGGACUUGAGAUUGGCUAAUAGUAGGAGACAUUGUUAGACUAUAUUUACUUCGAGAAGUUAUCAUUCUCUGUAUCAAAGACUACAAGCUUCUUAAUAUUUUAUCUAUGAUCACAAACUUUUGAUUUUCACCAUUAUGUUCUAAUUAGGACCAGUUUUUGUCCGACAUUAAUCAUUUUAUCAUCGACUUUAAAAAGUAUAACUCAAAUGAAUUUAUAUUGUAUGAAUUAUUUCUCUAAAAAUAUGUACCUGGUUUGAUGUAUUGUAAAAAAAAAUUAUGACUUUUGUUGCAAGCUCGUUUAAAAUACUUGCUCUGAAUUUAUCUUAGAAAUUAUUGAAAUAAUAUAUUAUUGAUUUUAAUAAGUCGCGCUUGUUGUAGAGGAGGGGCUCGACCCAGAAAAAACUGAUAGGAUCCGCUUGGGCAGAAAGAUUUUCUUUAUUAAUUACUUUUGAAAUUCAGUAAUUUUAGUAAUUACAUUUUGUGCGCUUCAGAUAGCUUUUUUAUAUCGCGAAAGUAAACAAAAAAAAUUUUUUCCUGAAUAUUUCUCGAUAAACAUUGCUUCGUAUGCCGUGUGAAGUCACGACUGGUGGAAUGAUAACUAGAAUCAUUAACUUUCUAUCAAUAAAUCAUGUUUUGUUUAAUAUUUUCACAAGCAAUUUUUAGUGCGGAAAUAUCUGAUAUCUAAAGUAUCAGAUAUACAUACUUUAUAGCGGUAUAUUUCAUAGAGUUCACUUUAUAGUGAAUUACGUUAAAAACUGCAUAGAUCCCAGUGAAAUUUUUGAGAAUAUCUUAUGUUGUAAUAAAUAUAUGUACAGGAAUACCCCGUUUAACACGGGGAUACGUUUCAUCAAAGUAGAGCGCAAUGCGAAACAGCGCUAAACGAGGCUAUCUUUACAUGGAAAUAUUGGGGUUAAGGGAAGACGGCUAGGAAAUUGGUUCGGUAUUAAAUUUAAAAAGAAUGUUUUUUACUAAAAAUAAAACCAAACUUUUAUUUCUUAAAGCCCAAAUUAAUACCACAUUAUUAUUUCUUGCAAAAACAAAAACAAAAUAUGAAUACCAGAACAUGACCAGAACGUAUAUUCUUGAAAAAAAAAAAAACAAAUAAAAAGUCAUAUUUAGAUAGCCUACCGCGUUUUCAGUCUUUUGCUUUUUUGUGAAAAAUGCAUCUAAUGUUGUUUGUAUUUUUUCACGUUGUUCUGUUAAAAGUUCUUCAUAAACGGAUAGAGCAUCUCUAACAUCAAGUCUUACUUUUGAGCUUCUGUCAAAAUUCGGAUCAUUUUCAAUGAAUGGGCCAGCGGUGACGAUAUCGGUUAGAACGUGGGCUAGCACCAACUAGUCCCGUGUUUGCUGGUUUGAUUCCCGCUACCGCCGUAGCCCGACAUCAGGCAACUUUGAUGUCAAAUUUCCACUUGGGGUUAUAGAUUACAAUAUAAUUUAAAGUGGAAAUCGUUCUUUGUGGACAUAGUUGCAUCAUUCAAUCAUAUGAAAACUAUCAGACGUAAGAGCUAAUAUAAACCCCACACAUAGAAUGGUGAACCGAUGGGUUGCCUCUCAUAAAAAUAGCUUAGAUUAUAUGUCUUCAACAAAAACAGCUUAUAGAACAUAUAAAAAGUAAGAGUUCUGAUUGCUGUUGAAACAAUAAAAAAAAUAUCAAUGAAUUCAUUCAUUAUUUCAGUUAUGGUAGACAAACUCCUUUAUACAAAUGUAAUCAAAAGUUGUUUUUGCUCUUCUGUUGAACCAUUGCCGUCAACAUUUUUGUUUUCUUCAUGUUCAGUUUAUUCCUUGAGCUCACCAUUAGAAAGACCGCGCUGCUUCUUGAAUUAAUUCUUCGACAUCUUCCUCAUUUAUCCCUUCAGAAAUAACAGAGCGCUAAAGGAUGCGGCGUUAGACGGGGUAUUACUGUAUAUCAGUCUAUUUUUCUUAUUAGCGUUUUGCUAAAGAGUUUUCUAUUAUGCAAUACCGAAAUACGAUCUACGACACUACACCAACGUGUUACCCCUUUUGUUAAGGUAGUGUUUUCCGCAGGAGUGACACUACUGUACAAGCCAGCAAGUUCCCCAAGUAUUUUUUACACAAAAUAUUUUAAGAUUUUCUGAUCAUUGUCACGGUAUAUCGUCUAUAAGUGACAUUCGUACACACAGGUCGACAAGCGAAUGUCGCAUGUAGGCGAAGCUAUCAACGAAAAUGUUAACUAUUUUGAUGUUGAGUUUAUUAUUUUUGAACCGAAAUUUUUUGCGAUAAAUUCUUUCAAAAAUAUUAUUCUUAUU